AUGUCCUUCGUCGUAGAUCAAGUACGGCGAGUGGACUCGCAGAUAGACCGUCUGCAAUUGAAUGCUCCACCACCAGUUGGACCUAUCAACAUCACUGGCGAUGACCAACAUUUUCCUUCGGACCGAGCGGAACAUCUACAAUCACUAGUCAAAUCACUGUCCAUACCUUCAACCUCAAGAAACCCGCUCCUCUCCGCGUCUCAGAUCCACCACUAUCUCUCACGCGCCCAAAUCUCGCUACCCGAAGAAGGAGAGGAUCUAUCCGUGAAGAAGCACGAUGGUGAAUACGAGCAAGAGUUGGCAUGGCUGCUGGUCGCAAAGGCUACAGUUCAGGUAUAUGGCUUGAUACUGUCACGACUACUGGAUGAGACUGUCGCGCUCGCAGAUGAUGUCUGGUACUGGGAUCAGGUGCUAGGCAGCCAACACGCGACCGCGCUUUACAGCAUUCAAACGGCACCUCUACGCAUAGCCGAAUGGAGCAACUACGUCUGGGCAGACGUGCGCAGACGGAGUGCCGACUUCACCAUCCGUGGUGCUGGCGCCGAGGCACAACAAAGCUUGACUGCCCGCUGGACUGAGUUCUACGGAUUGGUUAAAGAGGUGGUCAGGGAGAAGGGUGUCAAGGAGAUGCGCAAGCGUGUCGUGAGUCCUGUCGCUAGGGUUCGCGGUUCUGUUCGUCAAAAGCAGAAUGAGCUCAAGCGCUGCAGGCUCCGUGGAGCCAACGCACUCGGUGUGCUAUUAGGAGAAGGCUUGAUGAAUGAGAACAUGCAUGGCGAGGGCUUCGCGACACCGAAUGGUACUCAAGGCCGUGACAAGUGGAAGGCUAGCGUGGCACGUAACGUUGCUCUUAUGGACGCUGUUCUGGCCAAGGUCAACGAAGAAGAGCUUGCCGUCGAUAAGUUCGAUGCAGCCAUUGCGGCAGCCACCGAUGACGACCCUCUCUACGACGUGGAGGUCUAUACUCAGGAGAGUGGAGAGGUUUCCGAGCUAGGUGUGCAUCCGGCCACAAUUGCCGACAGACUGAUCAAAAUGCUACAUGCGAGGAUUCCGGAGUAUACUCAGCAGUCUAAGGUUGUGGUUCAGAAGCACGGCAAGCCGUCGCGCAUUGUCCGAUACUGGCUUCCAAUCACCGUCGGCAUUCUCUCCUCGAGCACUAUCCUACGCUAUCUGGUCAACCGCAAGGCGGAAAUCCUCACCUGGAUUCAAGAAUUUGGUCACACUAUCCGCGACUUCUGGAUCAACUGGUGUGUAGAGCCCACUCGCAAGGUUCUACAGACAAUCCGCCACGACAAGGACAGUGAAGUUUCGAUCAUGUCGAAAAGAUCUUUGGAAGGCGACAGAGCUAGUCUGGAACGUAUGGUCGUGGACUUUGCAGUCGACAACCCAGGAAACGCGACAGAGACAGGCAGCCCGCUUACAGAAGCCGAGAUUUCAAGCAUCAGAUCCAAGGUUCGCGAAGGCGAUUUGACACCAGUACUCAAGGCAUACGAGAAGGACCUCUCCAGCCCCUUCAUGGGUACUAUUCGUGGCAACCUGAUUCGCGCACUGCUCAUUCAAGUGCAAAAGACAAAGGUUGACGUCGAGGUGGCUAUGGGCGGCAUCGACGCAUUGCUCAAGAGUCAGGAAUUGGUGUUUGGCUUUGUAGGCCUGACACCUGGAAUCCUCGUCACAAUUGGAAUCUCGCGCUGGUUGUCAUCUUCAUUCACAUCCCGACGCGGUGCGGACGCAAGUCGCAAGCAGGGACACAUGAUGCGACAAUUGCGCAACAUUGACCGUGUACUCACUAACUCGACACCGACAGAAUUUGGAGAAUUGUACUACAAGGAUCAUGGGCUGUUGCUAUGUGAGGUGCACGUUUUGCGUGAGGCGGCCCACAAAGUUAUGCCCGCACAAAUAUUCAGGGACUUUGUCGAGGAUGUGGAGGAGUUGGUCGAUGUCCGAACCGGAGUCAAGAAGCAGAGAAAGGUGGUGAAUAGGAUUCGCUGGGCAUACAAGCGGUACUUUUAG